AGGAUAUAAACUGCCGCCCUGAGUAAAUCUACAGUUCCUCCAAACUACUGUAGCAUUCGUGGCAUACAUUCUAGUAGUAUUGCGCUCACCUGUGUGUGGUCUUCACUAAUUGUAAUUGUAUACACAGCUAGAGAUAUAUACUAAACAAGAUGGCUGACAAGCUUACCCGUGUAGCUAUUGUAUCUUCGGAUAAGUGCAAGCCUAAACAAUGUCGACAGGAAUGCAAAAGGUCUUGCCCAGUCAAUCGAAUGGGUAAGCUCUGCAUUGAUGUCACCCCUGCCGCCAAGUGUAGUAUCAUCUCAGAGCCCUUGUGCAUCGGUUGUGGUAUCUGUGUAAAGAAAUGCCCGUUCGAUGCGAUCAACAUUAUCAAUUUGCCGAAAAAUCUAGAGAAGGAAGUGACGCAUAGAUAUUCCCAAAACUCCUUCAAGUUGCACAGAUUGCCUAUGCCUCGUCCGGGCCAAGUUUUAGGUCUUGUAGGUACAAACGGUAUCGGUAAGAGUACAGCGCUGAAGGUGCUUGCUGGUAAAAUGAAGCCCAAUUUGGGACGAUUUGAUAGCCCCCCAGACUGGGUGGAGAUUAUCCAAUAUUUCCGUGGUAGUGAUCUGCAGAAUUUCUUCACUAAGAUUCUGGAAGAGGACAUCAAAGCGGUAGUAAAGCCACAGUACGUAGAUCACCUACCCAAGGCUGUUAAGGGUACCGUGAAAGCCAUCCUUACGAGAAAGAAUGACCGCGACGUUCUGGAUGAAACUUCUGAACUAUUGGAUCUGCAGAAAGUAAUGGAUCGUGAUAUCGCUGUCUUGAGUGGAGGAGAGUUACAACGAUUCGCCAUUGGAGUGGUGGUUGUGCAGAAGGCUGAGGUUUACAUGUUCGAUGAGCCAUCGUCGUACCUGGAUAUCAAGCAGCGUCUAAAGGCCGGCCAGGCCAUCCGAUCCCUGCUCACCCCCGAGAAGUACAUUAUCAUUGUUGAGCACGAUCUGUCUGUGUUGGAUUAUCUUUCGGAUUACGUAUGUGUGCUGUACGGACUGCCGGGAGCUUACGGUGUCGUGACCAUGCCUUUCUCUGUGCGAGAGGGUAUCAAUGUGUUCUUAGAUGGGUUCGUGCCCACUGAGAAUCUGCGGUUCCGACAGGAGUCGCUGAGUUUCAAGGUAUCAGAUGCACUCGAACGUGAUGAGGGUAAGCAGCAGCACAGCAGUGUCUAUCCCGAUAUGACCAAGAAGCUGGGUGAUUUCAGCCUCGCUGUAGAAGAGGGUGGUUUCAAGGGAUCAGAAAUCGUUGUGUUACUGGGUGAGAACGGUAUGGGUAAGACCACUUUCAUUCGUCUGAUGGCCGGUCUACUCAAGCCCGACGAUGAGGAAAUCUCUGUACCCAAAUUGAAUAUAAGUUACAAGCCUCAAAAGAUCAGUCCCAAGUUUGAAGGUUCCGUGCGAUCACUGCUACACAUGCGCAUCCGUGACGCUUACGUCCUUCCUCAAUUCGUAACGGAUGUGAUCAAGCCCAUGGGAGUAGAUCGUCUAAUGGACCAGGUGGUAGUGAACCUGUCUGGUGGUGAGUUGCAGCGUGUGGCUCUGUGCAUGUGUUUGGGUACCCCAGCCGACAUCUAUCUGAUCGAUGAGCCCUCAGCCUACCUAGACUCAGAACAGCGUAUCAUUGCCGCAAAGGUCAUCAAGCGCUUCAUUCUACACGCCAAGAAGACCGCCUUCGUAGUCGAGCACGAUUUCAUUAUGGCCACAUACCUCGCCGAUCGAGUGAUUGUGUACGAUGGUCAACCGUCCAUCAAAGCUAUUGCGAGAUCACCUACCAAUCUUCUGCAAGGAAUGAAUAAAUUUUUGAAAUCGCUCGACAUCACUUUCCGUCGUGACCCAACGAAUUACCGACCGCGAAUCAACAAAAUGGACUCCAUUAAGGAUGCUGAGCAAAAGAAGUCCGGGACCUAUUUCUACAUGGACGACAAAUGAGUGCCAUAAACACCUACACGCUAUGACCGAGUGUGGAGGCUGUUUGCAUUUGCCAAACUGGUCUUACUGUAAAUAGAAAUGCAUGUAGCGUAUAUAAGGUUUCUGUAUAUAUAAGUGUACACUUCCGUGCGCGCCUACAGGGGUGUAUAUACCCGCAUACAAAUGGGUAGACAUUUGUGUCCACCCGAAACGCCAGGUAUUUAUAUCUUCAAAAGGUAUUGUCCUGCGGUCAAGGUCGCUUCCAAUGCGCCGGAAGUACAGGUCUUGGAGUGGAUUUCUGGAUUCCUGAGUCCUUACCACAUGCGUUCUAGCCCACUGAUUCGAAGUUUGUAACGUGUAGAGCUACAUUAGCUGCACUAUAUUAAACUUAAGAUAGCCAAUUGAAGAAGGGUAAGCAUGCUUGCUACUCAGGAUCCGUGGCGAUUUUAAUGCUCAUCGUGG